AUGUCCGCUGCGAUGGAUGGCGUCUAUUCAAUCUGCACUGGACUUUUGCUCCGAGUCGUAGUCGACGCAGCGACCUUCCAUAACGUCAAGCUGUAUGGAACGCUCAUUGGACUUUGGGAAGGCAUUGUGGUUCUACAUUAUGUGAAGAAGGUACCAACCUCCUCGGACCCCUACCUGGCCUUGGGAGUGAGGCUAUUUGUGGAUUUCAUUGUCACCGCCAGCAUCUUUCGGUUGAUGAUUGUCCUUCUAUGGACGACCCUGGGGAGCGUUAUAGCAGACGUGGCGCCGGCGGUUUGGGUUGGCUAUGGACUCAAGAAGCGAUGGAGUCGACUACGGAGGGAGUUGUAUUGGACGACCCGCCUUUUGUCGCGCAAACGAAGAACGGCUACAGUCAGAUUCGUGACCGUGCCUACGAUCGCGUCUGGCUCUGCCUCGUCAGAUGUCAGCAGUGUUGUUGGCUCAACGGUGGUCACCACUGCCGCCCCACUCUCAACUCUUGCCACCGAAUCUAUUGCCCCCACCUCCCCUGCCACCCGGUCCUAUCCGCCUACCCGCUUACCAAAUCGACGACGGCGCUCAUCGAUUCCCGGGACAUUGCCAGGGUCGGGCUGGUCAGAGACAGACACAGAUGGUGGCUCAAGAGUCGGAUUUGACCGGGCUAGCACACUUUCGGGUUCUGUGUUUCGCUCAGAAUCGGGUUUCGUCUCAGAAUCAGUAUUUCCUUCACAAGCGUCCUCGCACAUCACAAUCUCCCAGUUCAUUCCGGCCAACCCAUCGGAAGACUCGCUCACAGUUUCCUCGUCACAGACAUCGCGGUCGUCUUCUCCCACCUACUCCCUAGAGUAUUCCGAUGAUCCAUCAGCUUCCAACCCACUUGAAAUACCGUCGGAUAUGGAAGAGGAUGAAGAAGAAGAGCAAGUGUUGGUCCAUGUCAAGAGCUUCCCCAUUAUAGAAGAGACGACACCUAAACAGAUCCCUGUUGUCCUACCUCCAACCCCAUCCGACACUUUCCGAGAUUGGGAGAGUUCUCAAGAGGGUGAAGAUAUGGGCGAAGAGGUAUUGGAAGUGCCUCCUUCACCAUGGAUACCACAGAUUCCUGACCAGGAAUUGCUGGAUGAAUGGGAGACAGUCAGCGUGGAAGAAGCAGAAGCGCCACCUGUGCCGCCGAAAGAUGAUGCUCCUGAGCCUUCAUCCCCCCCGCAAGACGACGGUAGCGAUGCAACAAGUGUCAACGCCCCAUCAACAAUAGCCCCUCUUCCACCUCUAACCAGCGAAACUUCACCACCAGACGCGACAAGUUCUGAUUCCGUUCCAGAGGCCGAAGUAGCGGGAGAUAUCACUAGCUCCAUGCCUGAGCCUGAACCUAUUGUGGAACCAUCACCUGAAGUUGACCCUCAUCCUCCAACUUCUGAUGAACCUACAGACGAAAGCGAGCCAACCCCUGUACCACCAGAAACGAAUGAAGAACCUCCGACUGAAUCUCCGCCGCCACCACCCACAACAGAUGAACCCACACGAACACCCCCACCCUCAUUCGAAGACAUCUAUGGCGAGGACCUCCCCAAGAGUUCUGAUGCUGAGCCUGAGCCUGAUGCUAAGCCUGAAGUCAGCGAAGAAGCUCAGCCAAGCACACCGUCAGUGCCUCCUUCCCCAGCGGCAUCUGUCCGACAUGCCCUCUCUCUUAGAAAGGAGGCUCUCGAAUUGAAUGCACGCAUUGCUUCUCUUGGUCGCAAACGCAAGACCUCACUGUCUGAACGGACAGCUGAGUCAUUGAGCGCAGCGAUGCUGGCGAAAAUCGAGAUUGAUCGUGCAGAGAAGGAGCUCGCGGAGUUGAAUGCCAAAGCAGAGGGUGCGUUCGUAGGAGCGUAUAACCCACCAACUGCAUCGCUCUACGAGUUCAAUACAACGGGACUGACACCUGAAGAGGCUGUCAGACAAACAGAAACUCGUUUGGGCCAGCUACUUCUUACGCCCGUUCCACCGGCGGGGACACGACCAGAAGAUCUCGCACAUGACUCACCAAACCGCGGUGCUCUCAAAGUUACGAUGGAACAGUCCAUCAAGGGCAGACUUGUAAAAACGCAAUUGCUUUCCGCCCUAACAGAGAACGGAAUGAACUGGAACGAAGACACAUCUCGCCCGAACGUAAUUUUCGUUUUGAUCCCUGUCAUGGCGGAAUCAGAGUCAGGUGACGCUCCACCAGAGGCCGUCGAGGGUACGACUGAUGGCGACAAGAAGGAUCGUAUCGGAGAGGAAGAGUAUUGA